CAGAUCUUCCAACUCCGUUCAGCAUGUUCAUGGGUGCUUUCAAUCGUGCUUCCAAGGCAUUGGCAGCAUCACCAUCGCCGCUAUGGCAACCAAUGCGGAGGGCGUGUCCGGUGCUGCCGACAAGAUGGCGAGCGCCAGCCUGGGCGACGGCCCCUCCCCAUCGAAUGGUCCCGCGGUGAAGGUGGCAGGCAGCGCCGGCAAGAAGGGCAAGGAGGGCGACAAGAAGAAGGGGGCCAAGGAGCUGCCCGCGGAGGUGGUGGAGUACCAUCAGCAGCGGAUUGCCAUGUUUGAGGAGCUGCAGAAGGAGCAAAAGGAGCACCGCCAGCAAGUUGGCGGGGAGGCUAUCAAGGUGUCCAUUGGCGGCCAAGUGGUGGAGGGCAAGAAGUGGCUCUCUACGCCGUUUGACAUCGGCAAGACCGUCUCCAAGGACCUCGUCAAGGACGCCCUCAUCGCCAAGGUUGAUGACGUGUUGUGGGACAUGGCGCGGCCGCUGGAGGGCGAUUGCAGCCUGCAGAUCUUCAGCUUUGAGAGCGCGGAGGGCCGGGACACCUUCUGGCACUCGAGCGCACACAUCUUGGGGGAGGCGCUGGAGCAGGAGUAUGGCUGCGACCUGUGCAUCGGUCCCUGCACGACGCGUGGAGAGGGCUUCUACUACGAUGGUUUCUACGGGGGGCUUACGCUGGAGGAGGAGCAGUACAAGGCGAUCAAGGCCAAGGCGGGGUGGGCCGUGAAGCAGAAGCAGAACUUUGAGAGGAUUGAGGUCACGCGCGAGCAGGCCAUGCGCAUGUUUGACAAGAACCCUUUCAAGAUCGAGAUCAUCCGCGAGCUGCCUGAAGACAAGACCAUCACGGUGUACCGCUGCGGCCCCCUGGUCGACCUGUGCCGCGGGCCCCACAUCCCCAACACCGGCGCCGUCAAGGCCUUCCACAUCUCCAAGGCUGCUGCGGCGUACUGGCGUGGGGACCAGACGCGGGAGAGCCUGCAGCGCGUCUAUGGCAUCUCGUACCCCAACGACACCCUCCUCCAGGAGUACUUGCACCGAUUGGAGGAGGCCAAGAAGCGCGACCACCGCCUGCUGGGCAUGCAGCAGGAGCUCUUCUUCUUCCACCCCCUCAGCCCCGGGAGCUGUUUCUUCUUGCCGCACGGCGCGCGCGUGUACAACCGGCUGCAGGAGUUCAUCCGCGGGGAGUACCGGCGGCGCGGGUACCAGGAGGUGGUGACGCCCAACAUGUACAACCUGGACCUGUGGGUCACGUCCGGGCACGCCGCCAACUACAAGGAGAACAUGUUCCUCUUCGACGUCGAGAAGCAGCAGUUCGGCCUCAAGCCCAUGAACUGCCCCGGCCACUGCCUGCUCUUCGACCACCGCGUGCGCUCCUACCGAGAGUUGCCGUUGCGGUUGGCGGACUUCGGCGUGCUUCAUCGGAACGAGGCGAGUGGGGCGCUCACGGGGCUCACGCGAGUGCGCAGGUUUCAACAGGACGACGCGCACAUCUUUUGCACGGAGGCGCAGAUCGAGGAGGAGGUGCGGGGCGUGCUCGAAUUUUUGGCGCAUGCGUACGGCAUCUUCGGCUUCGAGUUCGACCUGGAGCUGUCGACGCGGCCUGAGAAGUACCUCGGGGAGCUCGCCACGUGGGACAAGGCCGAGGCCUUCAUGGCCAAGGCGCUCGACAGCUUCGGCAAAAAGUGGCAGAUCAACGCGGGCGACGGCGCGUUCUACGGCCCCAAGAUCGACAUCACGGUGUACGACGCGCUGAAGCGCAAGUUCCAGUGCGCCACCAUCCAGCUGGACUUCCAGCUGCCCAUCCGGUUCGACCUGUCGUACAACACGGAGAGCCUGAGCAGCGACGAGAAGACGCGGCCCGUCAUGAUCCACCGCGCGAUCCUGGGCUCCGUGGAGCGCAUGUUCGCCAUCCUGCUGGAGCACUACGCCGGCAAGUGGCCGCUCUGGCUCAGCCCGCGCCAGGUCAUCGUCUGCCCCGUCUCCGAAAAGCACCACGACUACAGCCAACAGGUUGCUGCGGAGAUCGAGGGGGCGGGCUUCUACGUGGAGGUGGACUACAGCGACCGCAAGCUGCCCAAGAAGAUUCGGGAAGCUCAGUUGGCCCAACACAACUUCAUCUUGGUGUGCGGAGCGGAAGAGCUGGAAAGCAAAACGGUGAACGUGCGCACGCGGGAUAAUCAGGUUCACGGAACAAAGCCGGUUGCAGACUUCAUUGCAGAUCUGCGGCGACUCGUGGGAGAGUAUAAGUGACCAGGAGGCACUGUAGUGAUUUGCGAAAGAGACAGCCGUGUGAUUGUUCUUCUUGUGUUCAAACCUGCGGAAGUGCUAUUCUUAAGAAGAGAGCUUGGGAAGAUGCUUGUGCAUCUUGUAAAGCAGAAAACAUAUUUCGGUGCGCUGCUAUGUACGAAAUGUCCUUGGGUUGGUGGCUGGCAGAAGGUGAUGUGAUGCCUAAGAUGGACGAAGUGCUUGCCAUGCCACAAGUAUUGACGUCGAGAUGGGUCUCCCUUUGAUACUUGAACCACACGUGGCAUAGACCCGAUGUCGGUAAAUUAUGCUCGUGCAGAUCCAUGCAGGAUCUGCCUUUCAGGAAGGGUAAGCAUUCACUAGAACAUACUUGAUACGAAAGUACCUUGUACAAUUGGUGUUUCUCAUGGAAGAAUACCGGA